GACAGAAUCUUGUUUUGUUUAUAAUACGGCGCAGGUUCAAUCUAUUUGUUUUUAACUCUCCGGAAAUGAGCUCCAGUUGUUCCGAUAGCGAUUCUGGUGGAAGGAAACGCCACAAGAAACAUAAAAAGAAGGAGAAGAAAGGAAAGAAGCAUAAAAAAGAAAAAAAGCGGAAAGAGAAAAAGUCGCACAAGAAGCGCAUCCGCCACGCCAGUUCCAGCAGCAGUGGUAGCGGGAGUGAUCGUGAUGAAUGGAUAGAAAAGGGGAAACCGACAAAACCAGCUGCUGUGCCGGAGCGUGAUGAUUGGAUGAACUCUCUGUUGAUACCAACUUAUAGUAAAGAAGUUAAGCGCGACGAAAAAAAACCUCCAGUCGAAAGGUACGAUCCGAAAACAAGCGUACGAGAAUUGAAUCCUCACUGGAGAAACGGUGGUAGUGGAUUGCCGAGUUUUAAAAGACCAGCAGAUGAUGAAGACGAGUACGGUUCGAAUAGGAGGGAGAAGACAGAAAUUCGAAAAGAUCUGAGUCGGAGUGGUGGCUGGAGAAAACCUAGUGAUAACAAAGACACGGCUCGGCAAGAAAAUGUCAUAAAUAAGGAUGUCAAAAAAUUAGACCAGGAAAGCGAGGAUGGUGUACUUCUGAACGAUCAACAGUUGAACGAUUUAGGGGCAAAGAUUGUGAAGGCGGAAAUCAUGGGUAAUAUCGAGUUAGCAAAAAGUUUGAAAGAUAAGCUGGAGAAGGCUAAAGAAUAUAGAAAUCAAAUACAAAAUCAAAAUUCGACACAGAAGAGACGGAACGAGACACAAGAAGAGGAUGAUGUUCAGUUUACAGUCUGUAAAUCGACAACAGAAAGUAUCCGACGGAACAAACAACAGCGACGUUCUCAGAAUAAUCUUCCUCCUAACGAUUUGGCAGAUAAAUUCCGAUCGGAGCGUUCGGAAAAUGACAAUAUGGAUGCCGAAUUUUUCAAGGUUUCGACCAAGCUUGACCGUGAGGGAAGCAAUCUGGAAAACAUUUUCGACCAUGGCCGUGCCAGUUCGUCUAGCUCGGGUCAGACGAACGAAGAGAAAGCUGUUCGCGAUAUGAAUAGGUUAUCCAAGGCUCAAGCUGACUGUGCACGAUGCAUCAAUUCAUCCACAUUUUUACAAGACAACAUCAUAUCGAUGGGGAAAAAUAUAUUCCUAGCUGUUCCAAGUUGGAAAGCUCUGCAACCCAAACACUGUCUCAUUAUGCCGGUUGCUCAUUAUCCCGCCUUAACUCACAUGGAUGAGGAUGUUCAUGAGGAGUUGAUAACAACUUGCAAAGCACUCAAGCGCAUGUUCGCUUCCCAUAAACAGGAAGUUGUAUUUUUCGAAACCGUCCGUUACAUCAAUCGUAAUCCACACACCUACAUACAAUGCGUUCCUGCUGAUAACUAUGAGAUGGCACCAUUUUACUUCAAGAAAGCAAUUCUCGAAUCAGAAACCGAAUGGGCCAUGAACAAGAAGCUACAUAACUUGCAAGGCUUGGAAAUAAGGCGUGUUGUUCCUAAGGGAUUGCCAUACUUUUUGGUGAAUUUCAACAUGGAGAAUGGAUUCGCGCACGUUAUUGAGGAUCAGGAAAGUUUUCCUGUCACGUUUGCCUCUGAAACCAUCGCUGGUAUCUUAGGACUGGAUACACGGGAUUGGCGAAAUCCUGGUAAAGAGCAUAAUCCCAAGCAACGCGUGCGGGAAUUUCAGCUGUGGUGGAAAGAGUAUGAUAAUUUGACGAAAAUCUAAUUCCUACAUUAAAUUGAAAUAAAAAACUAUUUGCAAUGCAACAGUA